AUGAUCCCGCCGAUACCAAGUGCAGUCGAGCGCAUCUUGUUCAUCCUCGUACUGGCCAUAUCGAUCACAAACAUCGUCCUCGGCUUUGCGUCCAAGAACAAGGAGUCUGCUCUACACAACAUCUCAGGAAGUUCAUUGCCAUUGAUCACCGACAUUCUCCUUGCGAUCUGGGUACUCUUCGGCGUUCUAUACACCAGCAUCACACAUCGUUACACGCAGUCAAAGCCUUUCCGGGCAGCCACCAACCUAGCUACCGCACUCCUGAUGACCGCCUUCUUCAUAUCGUACCUCAAGUUCGACCUUUCUGACUGGCCCAUCUGGGGUCCACUCGCUAUGGUUCUCGGUGUUGUUGCUAGAGCAGGUAUGGAAGCAAUCUACAGUAGUGCUGACUGCGACAUGGUGAAAGGCUUCUGGAAUAGCCAUGCGAUGACAUGCCUUCAGCGGUCCCGCUCCGUCGAGUAA